AUGGGCAGCGUGCUCGCUGCCAGCUCGUCACCCCCAGCUCCAAGGGGGCCGGGGCAGGUCUCCGUGCCUCCAGGCUUCACCAUGCCCCCUGUCUCAUCCCUGCCGACCCCCCCAAAUGUGGGUGGGCAGGUGGGCGAAGUGGAGAGUCCCCUGCCCAACCCUGGCGCUUUUGAGGAGUGUCACCGCAAAUGCAAAGAGAUCUUCCCUAUGGAAAUAGAAGGAGUAAGAUUGGUGGUCAACAAGGGCCUGAGCAAUCAUUUCCAGGUCAAUCACACGCUGUCUCUCAGCACCCUGGGGGACUCCAGCUACAGGUUCGGGGCCACCUACGUCGGCUGCAAGCAGACAGGACCAGCAGAGUCCUUUCCAGUGAUGGUGGGGGAUAUGGACAACAGCGGCAAUCUCAAUGCCCAGGUCAUCCACCAGCUCACGGAGAGGGUGCGCUCCAAAAUGGCUUUCCAGACGCAGCAGCAGAAGUUCGUGAACUGGCAGUGCGACGCUGAGUACCGCGGCUCCGACUUCACCACCGCCGUCACCCUCGGCAACCCAGACCUGCUUCUCGGCUCUGGUAUUAUGGUGGCGCACUACCUGCAGUCUGUUACCGCCUCGCUAGCCCUGGGGGGGGAGCUUGUGUACCACUGCAGACCCGGAGAGCAGGGUGCCGUGUUGUCCCUGACUGGCAGGUACACAGGCACUAAUUACAUCGCCACUGUAACCGUUGGGGGUGCGGGGGCCCAUGCGUCAUAUUACCACAGAGCCAAUGAGCAGUUGCAGCUGGGGGUGGAGUUCGAGGCCAGCUCCCGAAUGCAGGACACCAGCGUUUCCUUUGGCUACCAGCUGGACGUGCCCAAAACCAACCUGCUCUUCAAAGGCUCGAUCGACAGUAACUGGGUGGUGGGAGCUACGCUGGAGAAGAAGCUGCUUCCCCUGCCGCUCUCGCUGGCGCUGGGGGCGUUCCUCAACCACCGCAAGAACAAGUUCCAUUGCGGCUUUGGCAUCACCAUCGGGUGAAGGGCGGGCAGCGGCGCCCGCGGCUUCGUCAUGCAGGCAGGUCAAAAAGAGAAAAUCACGUCAGCAUAAGUCUCAGAGACGAGCAUUUUAAGAGAGACUAACCCGUCCCGCAGUACCGGCUGGAGUUCUGGCUGCUUCAUUUGCAUUCCAGUGUAUGAACAGAAUGGAAAAAAAUAUGACAACUCUGGACAUACAGUUUUCAUUAUCAGGAAAUAACACUUGGGCCCAAUAUUCAUUUACAUACAAAUGAAGUUUUCAUUCAUAGCUUAAAAUAAUUUAAAUAUAUACACCCAACUCUUUAAUAUUAAAAAAUAAUUCAACAUUUAAUUACAUCAAUAAAUAUUUAAAUAUAUAGUUCAAGUAAACCUACAUUUAUUUACCUGCGUAAGAUUAAUUAAAAGGAAUGUCUGCAGUUUUAUUUGACUGGGUGACGGUGGAGGUAGAGAAGCAUCCAGGCAAAUUUAAAGCAGGGUCUGUGUUUGCAGGACUAUUGCAGUGACUAUAACUUCAAAAGGGCAAUUUUAAUAGCACAAGUGAUUAUUUCAAUCAUUUGGUUAUAAUUUAUUCAAAAUGUUACAUACUGAUUCUCAAAUAGUGUCUCUAAAUGCUGUUUAAAUCAACAAAUGCAUUUAGACCGAGCCUUUAGUGACCCUGUCCAGCAAAAUGACAGAAUAUGGUUUACGUGUUUGUGUCUACACUCUUUGAACUUUCCGCUCUCUUUGCCCAAAGGUCAGCUCAAACGGAAAUGCAGUUCAUUUCCCGACAACAACUUGUCCUGUCUAAGCAUGUAUCAGCCAAAGCAACUAACUCAACUAACCUUACACAUCAUGCAGAAAUAAACUCCCCAAACCACCUGCCUAGAUCCUGACCCACCAGGGAUUCACAUCAGUAGCUGGGUGGCUUUUUCCCGAAUGACAGAACAUAACUGAGAUGACAGAAAGUGGCAGCUGUUAACCAAAAGUAUCAUUUGUUACUUAGUGAUGGAAAUGGUGUAUUUCUGUAUAGUAAUAAAGCCAGCAGAUCUAGUGAGAUCCUGCCUCACUGUUCUUUCUCAGGCCA